GGAGAGGUUGGGUGCAAGGCAAAAAUCUGCCUCAAAAAUCAUCAUGUUCUCAUCGAAACUACUGCCAGGCUCGACCUACAUGGCUCAGUAUUUCAAGUAUUCACCAACUUGCAGAUCUUCCCUUUCUCAACAAUUUUCCUCGAAGCCAGGACACCUUGAGAGCAGACUUGUUAAAAGGGGCAGUUUAACUGAAAAUAGAAGAGGGCAACCUCAUUUUCCAGAUAAUAAAGGCCGUCAAAAGAGAAAUAUUCAGAAUCCGCUGUCUUCUUUUGCUAAAAGAAACCCAGGUAUUGGACGCACAUUGGCAGUAAUGAAAGAGGAAACUGGCACGGACUAUUUUGAUCCACAUGAAGAUGAUUUUGAAUCGAGUGCUCCUGAAUUGGAGACUGAAAGAAAUUUCUUUGAUGCCGAUUUGGAUUAUGAAGAUCUUAAAAGCGAUGAAUUUAAACAUAGACACAAGGUAGCCUAUAACAUGGUCAAAAAGAAAUAUUUCAAGCGUCCUGUAGAGCCGAACAUGCUAACUUACGCUGAGAAGCAGCACAUCAAGUUUUUACAUGAUGAUAGCGAAAAUAACUGGACUGUAGAGUCUUUAUCAGAGAGUUAUCCAGCCACACCACACAUCAUCAAGAGCAUUGUGAAGAGUAAAUGGAAAGCAAAAAGCAAAGCUGAAAUCAUAAGGCAUGAUAAGAGAGUCAAAGAAAACUGGGAGGCCUACAAAAAAGGAGAGCUGAAAAUUCAUGAUCACUUGCUCCAGGAGCAUCUGAAGAAAUUUUUAAGCCGAAAUAUCAAAGUCCCUUUGGAUGAAGAAGCUGAGAGAUUUCUCAAGGAGCCUGAACAGAAGCCCAGGAAAAUUGAUGAGUUUAGCAAGAUCAUUAAAAAUUAUCAAGCCCUGAAACCUCCAAGCACUUCGGAAGCCAUCCCAUUUAUUGAAAGAAAAGUGUUUGAAGAGCUCCCUGAGGAAACUAGGAGAUCCGAAUUUACCGAAGAACACGAACCAGUCUCAUCAAGGUUCGAGUACAAGCAUAAAAGUAGAGACUCCAAGUCUACAAAUGAACAUCGUUCUCAUCAGUCCACUCAUCCGGAAGGGGAUGAGACUGCAAGAGGCCGAGAUAAAAGUCAAAACCAAACUAGACCUGCAGAUGAAAAUAUCAUCCAAGAAACAGACCGUACCAAUCGUCGAGCCAAACAUUUCACCUUAGACAGUUUAAGAGAUAGACUAGAGGAACACUUAAAAUAUGAGCAACACCCGGAUGAGAUGGAUACACAAAUAAUAAAAUCGAGAGAUUCAAGAAGUAGAGAAUCAAAGGUCCAAAGUCUUGAUUUUGAAUCAGAACAGGAAGAGGAGGAAGAAGACAGCUUGCCUCGAAGCUUUGUUAAUGUCAAAAAAAAAUCCACAGCCAUUGAGCCACAGAAUUCUGCUGAUGAGAUGAGUUACGUUCAGAAAGUAGACAAUAAACUAGUGAUGAAAACUCUAGAUACAGAUCUGGAAGAAGAACUUAAAAUUAAUGAAUACAUACAAAUUCCCAAACAUUUAAGAAAGAAGGGGGCUUUGUACAAAAUCGAGGACUGUUUUUAUGCUGAUGAUGGCCAGUUUUUGUACAGAGUACCUGGAUUGACGGACAAAUGAAAAAUUUGUUGAUGAAAUUGGUUGAAGCGCAUUUCUGCAGAUGCUCUGUCUGUAAGUGGUGAACAAGCUCAUCCACAUUGUCACUAACAGUUAAGGAAAGUCUCUGGCUCAUACCGUCUGUAUUUGAUGAAUACAUAAAUCAUUUCAAUGCAUGUGUAGUUUGUUUUGAUAAGGAAACUUCAGUCUCUGUGAGAAUUCACCCAAUACAAUAAAACACGAUCAUGUAUUUGAUAGUUCAGCCUGCCUGAUUUUAAUGAUAAAAAUUUAGCCAGCAAAACCGUCAAAUAAUUAGGGGGUAUUUUGAUUAUUUUGGUCAGGGAAAACCUGGUAAAGUCCUCAAAUUUUUAUUCGCAGUCAGUAUUUACUCUGAUUCUAGAUUUAAGUAUGUACUGUUGGUUUCCCUAUACAGAUACACUUAUUGAUGAGCCAGAAAUAAAACUUGCUUUUUGUGGGAUA